AUGGCUUCCGAUAGCGAUCGGGAGUUGGAAGAGCUGCGGAAAGAGGUCGAGAGACUGCGGAUAGAGAAUGCCAGUUUAAAGAGGCAGAAUUUUGGCGAUGAUAAGGCUGAUACAAUAGGAUUUUCUGAGAUCACAGAGAAUAGGUCUGAGAGUGGAUCCAGGGGGUCUGGCGAUGUUGAUAACACAAAACUGGAGUUGGACGAGUAUUUACGCUAUGGACGACAGCUGAUAGUACCAGAAAUAGGACUCAGAGGACAGCUGCGACUCAAAAAAGCCAAAAUCCUAGUAGUUGGCGCUGGUGGUCUGGGAAGUUCUGCACUGGCUUAUUUAGCAGGAGCUGGUGUUGGCACCAUCGGUAUCGUGGACGAUGAUACUGUCGAGUCGUCAAAUUUACAAAGACAGAUUAUUCACAACACACCACGAGUCGACUGGCCGAAAUGCCAUUCGGCUGCGAAAUUUAUUCGGGACCUGAAUCCUAAAGUAAACACUGUUACAUAUAAAACUCGGUUGACUGGAGAUAAUGCGUUUGACAUUUUCACGGGGUAUGAUCUUGUUUUGGAUUGUACUGAUACACCUUCGACCCGGUAUCUUAUUAACGACACUGCAGUUCUGCUGAAUAUCCCAUUAGUUUCAGCAUCUGCUCUGAAGACCGAGGGUCAGCUGCUGGUUUUGAACUACCUGUCAGGACCAUGCUACCGAUGCCUGUUUCCCAUCCCACCUCCUCCAGAUAGCGUCUUGUCUUGUGGCGAUGGUGGAAUUUUGGGCCCUGUGGUGGGAAUUAUGGGCGUUUUACAGUCUAUUGAAGCUAUUAAGGUGAUAACUGGUGCGUACGAGUUCAGCAAAUACACUCCCUCGAUGACGCUGUUCAGCGCUUACUCGGCUCCUCAGUGGAGAUAUAUCAGGAUGAGAGGCAAAAAGGACACUUGUGCGGUUUGUGGAUCGAAUCCCUCGAUAACUCGGCAGGGAAUAGAGUUUGGCGAGUACUCUUACGAAGAGUUCUGUGGUCGAGCCAGUCAGGUGUAUCUGAAACCAGAAGAGAGAGUGACUGUCGAGACAUAUUCAAAAGAACGGGACAUGCCACACACUCUGAUAGACGUCCGUGAAUCGUCUCAAUUUGAUAUCUGUUCGUUACCGGGAUCGAUUAGUAAGUUGGUGAUGCUGCCUCCGGCGGCUGGGGCUUCGCCCCAGACCCCACUGCUCCUCUCGCUGCGCUCGAGUCGAAACGUCGGGUCGUGGUACUGGGAUACUAACGCUGUUUAG